AUGUCGAACGGUCUUUAUUCUACCCAAUAUGAUAGGGAUAGCUCCCCAGGGUUCCUUGAGAAUCUACCUUCAUCAAUCAGGAGGUAUUCAUAUGAAGGGAGAGAACAAGUCCGUCGGGUGAUGGACCUUGAAUUCGACCAUUUUCAACUUUCCACGUGCCUUCUCCAUUCAGACCAUCCACAAUCUCACUCAGAUGAUAACGCCACAGAAUACGUACUUUUCGACAUCGACUCGUCGACUCUUGAACACGACAUCCUCAAUCCGAACGUGGAGCGUUUUCCAUUUCGUUGUUCCUCUUUUGAUAUCACAAAGGGCCUUCUCCUGGUCAAGAUGGUUACCCUGGAGCAUUCUCAAGCAGCCACGGCCUUUCACGAUGCAAUUUUUGAGGCGCUUGAGCCAAUGAAUCUCCACAAAGCCAUCCAGACCUUUUCAGGGGUAACAAUUAAAGCUGGCGAUGGGGGAAAGGAGCCAGACCAUGGAUGGGGUCCUAUAAGACCGCCCCCCGGUUAUGCCCGCAAGCCCACUAUCGCCCUAGAGGUUGCAGUAUCAGAGACGCCAGCAAAGCUACAGCAAGAUGUGGACUUUUGGCUUGAUCCGAAUAGAGGAAAUGCCAAUAUCGUGAUAACUCUGAGGGUCAAUCGGAAAAAGCCAUUGAUCACAAUUGAUAAGUGGGAACGGCGAAACCAGCAAUCCCAGCGGGUCCAGCAGAUUACUAUUGCGGAGGAUCCAAAUGGAGAAAGAGUUACAGUCUCGGCAUUUCCACUCAUUCUCCCAUUUCACCUCUUAUUUCGACGACCAAGAUCAUCCCCAGCUGAAGUCGAUAUUCGCAUCGGACAACAAGAGUUAAAGGGCAUUGCUGAACGGAUUUGGGCGGUCCAGGAAUUCUAA